UUGACGCUUUUAUAAAAGAUAAAAAUAACAUUCUAAAAUAUUAAAUAAAAAAAAAUUCAAGAAUAAUUUAAACCUUAUUUUUAUUAUGUACAUUUGUAUGUAGGUAGAGAAGAUUGUAGUAUGAAAUUAAAAUGGCCAUGGUUGAACAUUCAGAUAGUAAACCGGAUGACAUAUGCCGCACAUGCUUAAGUGAACUGUGUGGUAGUAAAGUAUCACUACUCCAAAGUGCUGGAGAUAUGUGUCUAUUUGAACAUGUUAAUAUUCUUACAAAUUUAAAUAUUAAAAUUGAUGAUAGUUUUUCAAAACUAAUUUGUAGAAACUGUUUGGAGGAUCUUAACACAGCAAUUUGUUUUAAAAUAAAAUGUGAGGCAUCUAAUGAAAUAUUACUAUCUCAAUUGCAUAAACAGGCAAAAAAUGUAUGCUUGCUUAGAGAAGCAGAGGAAGAGGAUCCAGUUAUCAAAGAAGAAGAGAUAGAUGAAAAUGAUAGUACUUGCACAAUUACUCACAAAGAGGAUAUUGUGAACUAUUCUGUUGAUUUUAAUGGUGUAGAUAGUGGACUAUACAGUAAUGAUUAUCAGCCAAACAAUGAAAAUAAUAUUUCAACACAUAAUCACAUUAAAGACAAUUAUAACAAGCUGCAAUGUGAUGACUGUGGGGAGCUUUUUAAAUCCAAAUGUAAAAUUUCAGUGCAUUGGAAAAAGGUUCAUAUGCCAGAUAAGUUGGUCUGUGUCAACUGUAAAAGAUGCUUUAAAACUUUUAAGGCACUUCAUAAUCAUAUCAAAGAAAAGUGUAAUGUUAAUGUAGUUAAUGACAUGAUAAACAUUGAAGGUGUUGGUAAAGGCAGGGUGUUUAAAUGUAAAGAAUGCAAAUUUAAAGCUCAAAGGUUAUACGAUAUAAUUAUACACAUUAGAUGUCAUAGUGGUGAGAAACCUUUCAAAUGUAAAUCGUGUGCAAAAUGCUAUUCACAACUUUCUAGCUUAAUACACCAUAGACAACGGAAACAUAAGGAAUUACUCAAGAAAAUCAAAUGUAAAAUAUGUUCUGAAACAGUUGAGGGUAGUUAUAGAUUAGCAAUACAUGUACGAAGGCACAAUAAAGUCAAUUGUAAAAUUUGUAAUAAAUUACUUCAGAGGCAUAGUCUUGCCACUCAUAUGCUGCAUCACGCAGAUAAACUCUACACAUGUGAAUUAUGUGCUAAGUCCCAUAGCACAUUCUCUGCUCUUACAAAUCACAAGAGAACAUUUCACAAAAUCAAGGCCCAAUUGUAUUUAUGCAAAUACUGCCCUUUCAAAAGUUAUAAAAAAAUAACAAUUUCAAAACACGAACUGAAGCAUAAUGACCACAAAUGUCCUUGCGAUGUUUGUGGAAAGUUUUUAGGCACAACAAGUAAAUUAGAAAAACAUAGACUAUGUCACACAUCUAAAUUAGAGGAAUGUUUAUAUUGUUCUGCAAAAUAUCACACUCGAAAAGCACUCCGCAGUCAUAUUAGAACUAAACAUGAAAAGUCUAAAUAAGUAUGGUAUAUUAAACUGAAAAAGAAAAUUCAUGUAAAUUAUUGUUUUUUUACUUACAACACCUAAGGGCGCCUUUUCACUAGGUCACAAGUGGUGCGACUGUUCACUGUAGCAGCGCGGCAGUCGCGUGCGAUCAGUCUCAUUCGAGUCAAUGUUGCAAGCGCACGUUUAGCAUUUCCGAAACAAUAGACACAGAACAAUUUAUCAUCGAAAUUCAAUUGCGUUCUACUUUAUGGGAUUCAAGAACCGAUGAUUACAGCAACAAGAUUAUGAAAAAGAAAGGCUGGGUUGAAAUAUGUAAAUUGUUUAUUCCGGACUUCAACAAUAAAACUGGACCAGAAAAAUGUGCAGCAGCUACCAAUUUACAAAAAAAAUGGAAAAAUAUAAAGGACUGCUAUUCACGAGAGACAAAAAAUAAAAAAAGGGAAAUAGUGGAUCAGCUGCCGAGUCAAGAAGAGAAUUUAUCUCCACUUUUUAAUACAAAGCGAUCACGAGACCAAGGGAACGUCGAUAAUAGUGUUGCAAGUCCUUCUACGCCAAUUCCAUCAUCCACACUACCAUCAGCGGCGCCUGUACCACCACCACCCUACCAUACCACACCAACAUCUAAAGCCAAGAAACAGAAAAAACCCCAAGAUGAUGAUGCUACUGUGAUGUCGCUUAUUGCAGAAAAGAUUAAGACUCUUAACAGCCAACCCAAAUAUGAUCCCGAUAUGCAUUUUGUAUUAUCUUUGUAUGAUGAUUUUCAUAAAAUACCACAAUAGAAAAAGAUACAUGCUAAAAUGGAGUUAAUGAGCACAAUUAGAAAAUAUAACAAUCCUACGUGCCACUACAAUAGUUAUCAAUAUGGGUACUACACAAAUAAUGCGCACGCACAAUUUGAUACAUCUUCUACCACCCAAGCAUCUUCUAGCAACCACUAUGAGGCUCCACCAUCAUCUCAGUCUGACUAUUCGAUUACAAUGUCAGAAUUUGAUAUUGAUACACAUAUGUUUGAUGAUGAGGACAGUUCGUUGCCAUAACAAAGUAUCAUACAAUACCUAUUUUUUCAUAAUAAAGUUGAUUUCAAUUUC